AAGAGCUCACUUUGAAUUUUCUUCUCAGCUACAAUAUUUCAAGGGUAAGAAGAAAGAACAUGGCAGAAAAUAUAGAAAUUAAAGAGGAGGAUCUGCCCCCUGAUAUUAAGGACUGGAGUAAAGAUCAAGUAAAGCAAUGGGCUCUCACACUGAAGGACGUGGACACCUCUACUGCGGAUUUGCUGUUUGAACAAGACAUUAGAGGGUCCAGUCUCCUGCUUUUAGAAAAGUCAGAACUAACUGAAAUGGGUGUUAAGCUUGGACCAGCUAAACUUAUUAUUCAUGCCAGAGAUGAGUUCAUCAACCUAAACAGAGAUGGACCAACAUGUUCCACAAAACAACCAGCUGGAAAAUCAACCAAACCGUACCCAUUCGGUAGAUACCAUGAUGCUUUUAGAUAUGUAGAGAACAGCAUUCUUGAUGUACCAGAAUCAGGCCCCUUAAACUUUAUUGAACCUUGUCAUGAAUUUAAAGGUUUUUACGACACACCUGAUGAAGUGAAACUGGAUAAGUUCAUCACUGAGGUCAUCAUGUUUGCAGUUGCCUGCAUGAAUAGCCGCACUAAUGGUACCAUACAUUUUGGCAUAGGAGACACGCCAAAAUUUGAGCAUGGUCAGGUGCUGGGAGUGGCUGUUGAUGACAAAGAGGCGUAUACAAGAAAGCUGAAGCAAGGCAUUGAUAAAAAUUUUGAACACAAGUACAAGGAUGCUGCAGAAAAGUGCAUUAAACCUCCUCGAUUUGUUGAGGUCAUAAACAGAAAUGCAACAUCAUCGGCAAAAUUUGUGAUUGAAGUGGACAUUAAGCCUCAGUCUGAUAUCUGUGGGGAAAACCUCUACCACACCUACAUCGCAAAGAAGGACAAAAAGAAAAAUAAAGAGACUGAAUCACAACCGUCAAAGUUUUUCUACAUCAGAGAUGGUGGUAGCACCAGAGACCUCCUUGCCCCAACCACGUCUUCCAAACCCAUGGUAGAGUACAAUAAGUUUGUUGCCGGAAUGCCUGAACUGUCAAAGCUCCGCAAAGAUGCAGAGGAGAAGCACUCUGACAGUAUAAAACAGACGACCCAAGGCACACAGUUAAUGCACAUAAUAACUGGUGGAACCUUGUUGUUGGAUAAGUCCCACUUUGAGCGUUAUGUGAUUGUGACAAACAAAUCUCAUCCAAGCCAUCUUGAAAACCUGAGAUUCCUCACUGAGCUCGAACCAACAGCUGUUCUGGACUUUGAUCCUGAAUCGGCUGAACAUGGAUUACUGAGAUACUUUGACCAACAAACCACAGUUAGCCCUCAUUUACCUGCAAAAUAUAAAAUAAUGGAAAGUGUCAGUGAAACUGCAGUCAGAUUAGAAUUACCCAAAAACACCAGCUGGGUGUUCUGCAACGGAGGCAUUGAGCAUGAGACACCCUCAGACAUUAACCAGUGGUUCAUAGACAAAGGUGCCUCUGUACGGGACGUGAUUUCUUUCUUGUGCCGGAAGGAUGUGCUUCCAAACAAAAGGUUCCUUGUCAUUUUCUUGCUUUUGUCAACAGUGAGGGAGAGAAUGGACCCCCUUGUUGAGACUUUCAGUAUGUUCUUGCAAGAGCUCAAAGACAUAGGACAAAUCCUCUGCAUAUGUGACAAUGAAAAUGCAUUUACUUCAUGGAGGGAUCUCAUUGAGGCUCGAUGUGGACUCAACAUCUCUGCCAGAUGUAUAUAUGAGCUCAGCUUUGCUGAAGUCAAUGGAACCAUCCUUAGUCUUUGGUCCAAAAACCGCAGAGCCAUCCGGUUCCUACCUUGUGGAGGAGGAACCAAGGUGCCUCUUGAGAAAAAACUGGAGCGCAGCCUCAAUACCUUAGAGGUCCUGUGUGUGAACCAGUGUGAGGGAGGGAAUGAAGACAGAGUUGCCAUAGAGGAGCACUUCUACAAAGGUGGAAAUGUCUCUUGGUGGAAUUUCUAUUUCUCUGAGCAGCCUGGAUCAACACCGUUCAUCAAACGAGACAUGUUUGACUACAUUGUGAACACUGGUAUACCAGAACUUUGCUCCCUUACAAAGGCUUGUGUGCUGUUCAAUCUCCUCCAUGUACCAGGAUGUGGUGGGACCACCCUGGCCAUGCAUGUGUUGUGGGCUCUACGGGAGAAAUAUCGCUGUGCUGUCCUCAGGAAUAAGUCAGACUUUGCUGAUGUGGCUGAUCAAGUGAUCAAACUUUUGACAUAUUCCUAUGAUGAACAAGCUCCACGGAUCCCUGUCCUGCUGAUGAUAGAUGACUUUGAUGACAUGGAGAAGGUGUAUGACUUGCAGCAGGUGAUUGAAAAGGAGUGCACUGAAAAAGGCAUCCAGUCUGCAAAGGUCAUCCUCCUGAAUUGUAUGAGGCCAGAGUCAUCUCAGGUGACAGAACCAACUCCAAACACUGUGUUCAUUAGAAAUGAGCUUUCUGAGAAGGAAAAGCGACUGUUUGAGAUGAAACAUAAAGAAAUAGAAGAAAAACACCCGAACUUUGAAACCUUUUAUGGUUUCAUGAUCAUGAAGAAGAACUUCUUAGAAGACUAUAUUAAAGGGGUGGUACAGAAGACCCUGAAAAACUUCAAUAUGGAGCAAAAGAAUGCACAACUCUUUGCUGUUUUGGUUCUGUUGAGGGUUUACCGCCACGGCUCAUCUCUGUCCCUGUCUCUGUGUCUGGAUGUUCUGAGUUACCAAAUCCCUGUUUGUGGAGGGAUCAACAUUGAUGAUGCCUUUGGGGAAUUUUCCAGUUUUGUUUCCUUCUGCCAGGAUGAAGAUAAAGUUAAGUACAUAGCAGUGAAAAUUACAUACUCAGUCAUUGCAAGGCAAUGUUUAGAGGAACUCAGAAAUACCCACGAUGUGACAAAAGCAAGAAUUACAAACUUUCUGCUGACCACAGAUGAGCUUUUUGAGCAUACACAGGGCAGAGAUAAUCUCCUUCAACAUGUUCACAAUGUUUUAGUGAAAAGAUUUCAUUCGUUCGAGGAGGAUUCAAAGUUCUCUCCUCUCAUUCAACAAGUUGCAAAAGAAACACCUGGACAGGAAGAGAAUGUGCUAGCAAAUGCGUCAAAAAGAUUUAAAGACAAUGCUGUUAUCUUUCAGUUGUUAGCCAGAUAUUACUACCUGAAGAAGAAGGAAUUUGCUGUUGCAAAGGAAUGGGCAAAGAAAGCCAUGGAGGUUUCCAAAGACAGCUCGUAUAUUGCAGACACGUCAGCACAAGUUAUUAAGCAUCAGCUAAAGAAUGAAAUGUCAAAUUGCAAGGAUGGAGAGCUGAUCAGCCCAGAGAAAUUGGGCAUUUGUCUCAAAAUGGCCCAGUCAGCGAUGGAAGCAUUUCAGUUUACACAAAACCUUGCUAAGAAGGAGUGCCUUAAGCGUUCUCAUUUAAAAAACAACAACAGCCAUCAACACUUCAGGAUGUCUUGGAGAAAUCCAGGUCGGAGUUUCUGUCAUAAUCUUAUUAGAAAAAACUCCUGUGUUUUCCCUGAAGGCUGUUCGACACGACAUAAUGAGCGAGGUUCUGUCAGGAAAGGUUGCAAUAGAGAGCAUAAAGAAAAAGGAUCCCCUUCACAUGAGAAACAGAGAAUAUUAUGACAUUCUUCAACAGUUUGAAAAGCUGCUUUAUGACCUCAAAGAAAGGAUGAAGUUGAACUUUGACUACCUUGACAAAAUGCAUGUGAAUCUUGGUACCAUA